AUGUGCCAGCCGUGCGCACCCGUCAGAAUCGAUGAUCCCAUGAAGAGGUGCAUGUUCAACACCACCUCCUGCAUGAAUGUGGGUCCCGGCCAGACCUGUGAGAUAGACUGCGCUGCGCCGUUUGUGCGAAUUGGAAACACCAGCACUGGCAUGUGCGCAGCCGGCAACAGUGUACCGAACAGAAUGCUGGUAUGGGAAGAACCCGUCUGCACGUGCCCAGAGCCAGUGCCACAGCAAGGCUAUGCAAAGGACAGCGCUGGGAUCUGGCGGUGCACUCAGGGCUUCGCCGGCAUGCCGGAGAUUGUUUGCCAGCCGCUCCCAGGUUGCGCGGGAGUGCAGACUUUUCUGCGUGGCUGCGACAAGCUGCUGCCGUGUGCGAUGCCCUCCGUUGACAACUGUAGGUUCGACGUCUCCCGCUGCACGCAAGUGCCACCUGGAGGCAGCUGCGAGAUUCAUUGCCAGCGGCCCUUGACUGGAAACCACACAGUGGCGGUGUGCAAGGAUCUCAACACCGAUCCGUUGCAAGAGUUGGACUAUUUCCCUCUCACCUGCCUUCUCGAGUCCUGUCCAGACCCAUCCCCUUGGCCCAUGGGUUACAAUAAGACCCCUGAGGGCAAGUGGGCGUGUGCCAAUGGCUACAAUGGAACUGCCCGUAACCGGUGCGUGCUGAGCGAUACGUGGACUUCGGACUGUUCUGCUGCGGCUGCUCUGACUGGCUGUAGUCCUGUCGUCCCUUGCUUGGCUCCAACGGUUACGGGAACUGAGUUUUGCGCACUAGAUUUCUCUGCUUGCACCUCCGUGGAUCCCGGCGAGAUGUGCGAGGUUCAUUGCAAGAAUCCUUUCACCGGGGCCAAGACCGAGGCCUACUGCCCUCAUGGGAACACGAAUCCCAACGGCUUGGUCUGGACACGACCUCCAUGUGUCCUGGAGACCUGCGACGAACCGGGGACCAUCCCUGCAGGCUUCAGACGUGUAAAUGACAACUGGGAAUGCGCCCAGAGCUACACCGGCUUCGCACAGAAGGUCUGUGAGAUGACAGACAGCUGCGAGGUCAGGGCUGUCCUGGAGGGCUGUGCCCAGCUUGUGCCUUGCCAAGCACCGCAGUCUGACUGCCGUUAUGACAUGUACGGCUGUGUCAGCGUACAGCCCGGAUCUACAUGUAUGGUGCGGUGCCAGGUUCCCUUCGCCGGGACCGUCACAGUCGCAACAUGCCUGGACGGCAACACAGCCACAGAUGGCUUGGUGUGGACUCCGCCGGCCUGUACGAUCGACACUUGUGCCGACCCACCUGAUGGGGGCGGCUACCAGAAGGUUGAGGGCAUGUGGGAGUGUGCGCCGGGCUUCUCGGGCAUGGUCACGAAGACCUGCGAGUGGGCAGAGGGCGCAUGCGAAGCCACGCCAGUCCUUUCUGGCUGCGUAUCGGAAUCGCCUUGCGCGCUCCCCGAUCUCGGCGACCUACCCUGCAUGUAUGAUACCUCCGGCUGUGCAAAUGUGGAGCCCGGACAGGUGUGCAGCAUCAGGUGCCAGGCUCCCUACCUCGGGUCGCAGACGGAUUUCACCUGUCCAGUGGCCAACACAGAUCCCGAGACGCCACUGCAAGGUGUGUUGCCUGUCUGCGGCUGUGCCGAGGCGAACCCCAUCCCACCUGGCUACAAUGUGACCCGAGACCAGUUCGAAAACACGGUCACCUACUCCUGCGCCACCGGCUAUGCAGGAGUUGCGCAGAAGGUUUGCCUGCCCGGUAGCGGCAUCGAGUGCACGGUGGACCCGCUCAUGACAGGCUGUGCGAUUCCCUUGGCCUGCGAGGCCAUGUUCGUGGAUGCUGGCUCUGGAGAGGGCCUGGCACGUGGGCACGUGCAAUUCGGCCCGGCCCUGGUUGGCGCCGCCGUGGAUGAGGCAGACGUCUUGGGCUACGAGGUCUACUGGGCAGACAGCUGCGAAGAUCGGGUAGAGCAGCAGGCUCUGGGCAGUUCUGUGGCUGGCCUGGGUGAUGCCUGCUGCAGGAGCGACGUCUACAGCAUCGCAAUCGACAGCCGGAGGCCGAGCAUUGCGACGGGCUUUGUGGUCUACGCGCUCUUGCAAUCUGGCCUGGCUCCCGUUGGCGUCUUCGUACCGCUGAACGCGACACUCCUUGACCGUGCAAUCGUGGACAGCAAGGCGACCGCCGAUGCUCCAGCCCUUAUUCUUCUUCUCCUAGCUGGCCUUCUGGCGCUGUGUUAA